UUUUAGGGUUUUUGGGCUUAAUCAAAAUUCCUGCUAAAACCUUAUAUACUGCUAUACACUUAUAUUACAAUUCAACUGUAAUAAUGGCGGCCCCGACAAUUAAUCUUCACAACCUUCCUUCCACAGUAACCCAAACUCCAAAGAGACGUAUUUUGCAUUCGUCUGCAGUAUGGAACAAAUCUUCAGUUCAAAUUCAGAGAGCUUCAAAUGUAUUUUCUGUUGGUGGUCUAAAGUGGAGAAAGGCUAAAGAGCCUUUGUUUUCGAAUUCGAGUAGAGGGCAUCUUGUAUGUUGUGCUGUAAAUGAUUCUACUUCUGAGGUGAACUCGAAAGUUACUGAUAAAAAAGUUAGUAAGGUGGAUGGGAUUGAACCAUUUGGAGGGAAAUCGGGUUCUGUUUCAUUCAUUGGAUUGACACACCAGAUGGUUGAAGAAGGUAAAUUGGUGUCAUCACCGUUCAAAGAAAGCCGGUCUUUGCUUUGGAUCGUUGCUCCUAUCGCGUUGAUUUCAUCGGUUUUGCUCCCACAGUUUUUAGGCAUGUUAAGCAAUGACCUUCUUCAGGAUGUGGUUCUCACAGAGAUUGUGUACACUGCGUCUUCUGAGGUGAUGUUUUACAUAGGUUUAGCAACGUUUCUCUUUGUAACUGACCGAGUACAAAGACCUUACUUGCAAUAUAGCUCAAAACGAUGGAGUCUAAUAACAGGACUCCGUGGAUACUUGUCAUCAGCUUUCUUAGUAAUGGGGUUAAAAGUUUUAGCACCUCUGUUUGCUGCAUUUGUCACUUGGCCAUUGCUUGGUAUAGCUGGCGUCAUUUCCGUUGGCCCAUACUUAGCUGGCUGUUUGGUUCAGUUUAUAUUUGAGAAAGUUCUUGAAAAGCGUCAGUCAUCUUGUUGGCCUCUUGUUCCUAUUAUUUUUGAGAUUUAUAGGCUAUAUCAGUUGAGCAAAGCUAUGCAUUUCAUGGAGAAGUUGAUGUUUCAAAUGAGGGGUCUUCCAAAGUCGCCAGAACUGAUGGAGAAGAGUGGGGCACUGGCAGCAAUGAUUGUCACGUUUGAAGUUCUCGCGGUGGUUUGCAUCUGGUCGUUUUUGACAUUUAUACAAAGGCUUUUUCCUUCUAGACCAGUUGCCGAGAACUAUUAAGACGAAUUUUGUGAAAGAUGUUGUAAAGUCCAAGAUUUCUUUGUUUGAAUGGUAGUAGUACCACUAUGAAUAUAUUAUUAGUUUCUUCAUGCGAA